AUGUCGAUCACCGAGCACGCCUCCACAUGGGAGGCCCACAAGGAACGCGGAAACGAUCACUUCCGGAAAAAGGAGUACAAGGAAGGAAUCGAAGCCUUCUCGAGAGCCAUCGAUUUGAACAAGAACAAUGCUGUCUUGUAUUCCAACAGGGCAGCAUGUCAUCAAGCCUUGGACGACUUCUCGAAGGCGUUGCAGGAUAGCAAGAAAUUAUGUCUCGUCUUGGGCCUUUCUUAUGUUUCAGAGAUGAUUAUAUUUAUAAGUAGUCAUAAAGUAACAUAGUAAGAAAGUAAGAUAAUUGCGAAUGAAUGAAUAAUUAUAAGUCAUGUCGGUGGGUAGGAUGAAGUAAACAGGAACGUCCUCAAGCAUCUACUCGAAAACUUAGAAUAAGCGAGUUGCUGACUGAAUAAAGCGUUCCUCAUAUUCUAAUUAGAGGUAGGUUUUUGGUGCGCGCUUACCCCGCUUUUUAUGCCUUUCUCCCUUAGGAGAGGCAUAAAAAGCGGUAAGAAAAGCACCUUCAACCUACUCUUAAUACUUGUUCCAUCUCGUCUAUAAUAGCUCCUGUAGAAGUAGUUGAAAAAGUGAGAAGUGGAGGAGGAAGAUUUCCUUCCCCCACAACUACAACACGUUUUCCUUCAACCUCCACGACAUCUGGUGCAAACGACUUGAAUAAAGCGUUCCCCAUAUUCUAAUCCCAGGGACCAUCCUCGACACCUCCUGGUGGAAAGCGUUCCUCAUAUUCUAAUCCCAGCCACCAUCCUCGACACCUCCUGGUGGAAAGCCUGGAGCAGGCGCGGCGGUGCCGAACACGCGCUGAAGAAAUACGGGGAUGCGAAAGCAAGUUACGAGACAGCACUGAAAUGUCUCAACGACAAGGCAACCAGCGAAGAGGGGCUUCGUGAUUUGAAGAUGAGUAGUAAUGACGUAGUAGCGAAGAGGAAGGAGUUGGAAGGGGAAAGGAAAAAGUGCGAAGAUGCGAUAUUGAAGGUAACUAGUUUAUUCUAAACGCUUUAUCAUGUUCUUGGAGAGAGAAAUCCUCUUAGAGGAUCGAAGCGGCAUUGGAACUUCCUUUUCUAUGAAAUCAUCAACAAAUCAUCAACUUCAUUAACAUAUUAUACAGCCUUCACCGCUGCUCCAUGCUCCCCUCUUCUACUGCUUUACUCCCAGGGAAGCAUGGCUGGCGGCGGCGUCGCUUUUACCGACCUCCAAAAAGAACUACGGGCAUCUUUGGAACGUCUGUCUUUAGACCAGCUUCGCGACGAGGCGAGAAACGCUGGCUUAGUCGACGUGAGUAAUCAAGAUUCCGCAGAUGAGCUCAUCCGAUUGAUACUAGCUGCUGACGCAAAAGCAGCGAUGGAAGAGAAAAGGAGGAAACAGUGGGAAAAAUACUGCCCAUGCUGUCCGAAGGCGACGAGGGCGGAUAAGGUGCUAAAACUUGGGGAAGAUGUAGUUAGAACUUCAAGAAUUUUCUGGUCGUGUGGACGAAGAACAACGCUUCUAACUACAUCUUCCACAGCUUGAGAGAUGUAAUCAAAAACGUUAGCAGAACAAUCCCCAACUCCAGUAUUCAACAAAUAAUGGUAUUCGGUAGGUUGGCUCUCCAUCGGAGGUACUUUCCAACUGGUUGGCCUCACAAGUAGAGACUAAUAGCUAAAAGUUGUGGAAGAUGUAGCUAGAAGCGUUGUUCUUCGGUUCUUGUUCGUCCGCACGACCAGAAAAUUCUUGAAGACCCUUUUUUACCUUACUAGUAUCAUCAACAUUCAAAUCUUCUUCAAUCUCUUCUUCUACAAUAUCUUCACCACCUAGGUCGCCCCCGCUCAAGAGACUCAGGGUGACAUGUACCUCCAGCAGCGAAGAAAAAAGAUGGACAGAUUACUGGCCAAAGACGUCAAGGAGCUGAAGAGAGUGUGCAAGAAAAAGGGCAUCGAGUACGAGAAAUGGUGGGACCAUUAAGGCUUUUAUUUUUUACCCUGCUAAUGUUGAUCCAACAUAUUCAGAGAAGUCAUCCUAGGCGAGCUGGUUUGGGUUUCCAGGAGAAAGUAUCCUAUCUCUGCUUCUCUAGGAUCAUGUACUACUACCAUCUCCAUCUCCAGAUAGAUAAUUAGCUUAGGGUGAGCAGCCGCGCUAAGACCAAAACGCAUUGGCGGAUGCGAUUUUAACAUUAGAGGAAAGGCAAGCGGCAGAUCCGGACUACAUUCUCCAGAGAAAUCUAAAGAUCCUUGGAGCAAUAUGCUUGGUAAUCGCUGUCGUAGCGAUUGUAUUGAUACUGCUUGCGGCGUGAUAGAGCCAGUCGUACUAGACACGCUAACUACAAAAGAAAAGUGCCCCUAAUGCACAUUUAUUACAUGAUUGAUUGUUGUUCUUAUCGUUUCGAAGUAUAUUUCCACCCAUGCGCAUCCCGCCAUUUUGAAGUGGCUGUACAGUACCGUCGAAAAAGAGUGCUUAGUCUAAUGAUCGCG